AUGGGAUCAGCCAAGAAGAACAAGGCCUCGACAAGCGACAUGUCUGAAGAUGCCGUCAAGGACCGCCGUCUCAAGAAGCGAGAGCUCGACCGCAAGGCGCAGCGCAUGGCCCGUGAACGAACCAAGAAUCGAAUCACGCAUCUCGAAGCCGUCGUAGCACACCUAAAGCAGGGCGACACGGACUCUCGUAUCUUGUCGCUGAUGAAUCAUUUGUCGCAAGUGACGAGCGAGAGGGACAAACUUCUGAGCGCCAUGGAGUCUCUAUCCUUCGUCAUACGGAGCCACAUCCAAGAUGCUACGGGAGGAGCGGACCGAGACGUUUCCUCUUCAGCGGUCGAGGACAUUCCAGCGUUGCCGGCGCAGAACCAUGAUGCUGCGGAAACAGUGUCGUUCCCGGAUACUCAAGCACCGUCAAUCCCACCUGCCGAUACCUUUAUGGACUUGCUCGAUCCGCAGUUAUGGCUGGACAGCGAACUUGGUCUCCCCGCUUCUGGCACGGGACUUGGCAAUGGCGACAUCUCUGACGACUUUUCGGGCGAUCCAUAUUCUUCCCAAGAGAUGGUCCUUGUGCCAACACUGCUCGAUACCCUUCCUUGGGACAUGUCACCUCGAGAAGACGUAAUUGUUCCACCGUCCACUCCGGAAUGUUCCUGCGCCACUUCUGAAGACACCAACCUUUGGCGAGCGGCCAAUGAGGCUCUGACACGGUCAUGUUGGGACACUCGACAGGAACCGACGAUGGAAAAUUCAAAUGGCGAGGAUGUAGUCAUCCGCGCCAUAACAGAAGGAUGGGAGAGCGUUGAGAGUAGAGGCAUCAUGAUAGAGUCUUGGUACGGGCUCCGAAAGGUGGAUGAUAUGUUCUGGCACAAAUGCCAACCAACUGAAAGGCUGGCAAUCUUGAUCCUGAUUUCUUGGAUGAUUGAGCACUCAAGGGGCCACAGUUCAAAGAGACAGGCUUCCUUGCCAAGAUGGUUACGGGCAAGGCCAUCUCAAACUCUGCCACAUUCACGCGCCAUCGACUUCUUCGCCUGGCCAGGACUACGGGAACGAUUCGUCUUCUUCCAACAUCAAUACUGCGCGAAUCUCUUCUGGUACCUGUUCCUAUCCAACUUCAAAAUCCUCUGGCCUUUUGACUUUCGCGAUACCUACAUGCAAAACUCCGAAACUGGCCAGUUCCACCUAUCACCUCAUUUCAAACAGUGCAUGGGCGAUCUUAGCUCCUGGACGAUUGGGCAGGGUUUCUUUGAACAGUUCCCCGAGUUGUAUGCCGAUAUUCAGAUACAUGCAGCUUCAUAA